ACAACACUGGUAUUCUUUUGUCAUGUUUUUCUUUUGAGUGCCAUUAGUUUUAUUACGGCAUUAAUUUUUAGCAAAUUUAACUGAAAAAAUUAAUGACUACAUAACUUGUAAGUUAAAUAGUUUAACGAUUUUUACGAACGGUCAAUUGUAAGAGAAAAUGGCAUCUUUAACACGUCUGCUUGAGAGGAAUUUACGUAAUUCCAGCACAGCAGCAAGUAGACGGCUAUACAGUCAGCCACAAGAGGAACCAGCAGCUGGCACUAAGCAUGAAUUUAACGACGAAGAAUUUCGUGUACUCAACUUGCGUGCUGCUAAGAAAAYAGAUCAACAGAAACGUCGUGUAUUCAAAAAAGAAGCAGCGCUGCCGCCUCGUCAUCUCCAAAUGGCAACGGAUCAGGAUUGGACUGCUGUGUGGCCGGGACCACGUACAUUUCAACCAAGUACUGUCCCGCUGCCUUUGCGUCAAGGUUACACAGAAAAGGGUGCAGCACCUCCAUCUAAAUUCGCCAAUGCGGAGCUUAUGAAAAUUCCAAAUUUUCUACAUUUAACCCCACCGGCCAUACGUCAACAAUGUGAAGCUUUGAAAAAAUUCUGUACACCAUGGCCUAAAGGCUUAGAGUCCGCGGAAAAAUGGGAAAAACAUUUUCCUAUCGAAGUUAAAAGUACAGAUUACUGUCAUGCUCUACCCACCAUACGCAAUCCAGAUGCUCGACGUGUAACACUGAAUAUUAAGUUGUCAAAUUUGAAAUUUGAUGCACAUGCAAAGGAUAAAUUUUUACGUUUAGUUGGUGAUCGUUACAACCCGAACACCGGUAUACUAACAAUUGUGGCGGAUAGAUGUCCUUUGAGGAAACAAAACUAUGAUUAUGCAAUGUAUUUGUUAACUGCUUGCUAUCACGAAUCAUUUGUUACUGAACCAUGGGAACAUAACAAAUCGGAAGCAGAUAUGGAAUAUUAUAGUUUUGAACGAAAUAAGUCAAAACAAACGGCAGAAGCAAUAAUAAAUUGGGGCAUACCUACCGACGAAGCGAAAUUGAAAGUCAGUCAAGAUUUUGCACAAACCGUAGAGCUGCUAAUAAAUGAAGGCGAAAAUGAAUACAAUUUGGGAAGAUAUAAAGAAGAGGUAUUAAAGUUGCUAAGUGUAAGAAACGAAUAAUUGUUAAAAUUUCGUAUUAAUAAAAUUAUAUGAAAUGUUGCAAAAAAAUUCUAAAA